AUGGAGGACAAGCCCACCACAUCUCAUACAACGCCUGUAUGGCAAAACUGUGUCCACUGUCCAAGUUUGCUUUUUACUAGUGCUUCAGAAUUCGAAAGACACAUUCAGGACAAGCAUAGUAUAAAAGAAGGAUCAAUAAUAUUAUGCCAAUAUGGACAAAAUGGAAUAUGUUCUGCUCUUCAGUUUGGAGAUUUACGAAAAUCGGGUUUUAAAUAUCAUGUGAGAGAGUAUCAUUUAUAUACAAAGGGAGGUAAUGAGGAUUGGACAUUUUAUUCAUCAUCACAAAAUCUUCCAGCUGUUUUAAAUGACCCUAAUAGGGGUAAACAGAGUAACUUUUUCACCAAAACUUGGGGCGACAGCUUUGUGGAAAAAGUUGAAAUUCAUCCUAGUCCUUAUUUACCAGAAAUAAAUCUAUCUCAUUUUGAAUCAUAUUGUAAGAAAAUUUCAAAAAGAUAUCGGAGACAUAACCAAUUAAAAGAUGCCCCACCUGUUAAAACAAAACUCAAAGUGGCUGUAGCUGAAGAAAAUAUCUGUGAAGUACCCGGUAUAUUUUAUUCACAAACAUUGCUUUUAAAUGAUCCAAAGAUUUUUAGUAAAGUUUUCCCUGGCCUCUCUAAUUCGCCCGACACCAAUUCAACCAUUCGAUCACUUCAAGAAACAUUGAGCACAUAUUUGGAUGUCAUAGAAAUGAAAAUAUCAAAACAAGUGGCUCAAAAGUCAGAUGCUUUUUUUCAUGCUAUGCUUUCCCACGAUACUAUAAUGGAGCAAAUGGCAAGAGCAGUGAAAACAGUUCAAAAUACAAGGUGUAAUAUAACAACUGUAAAACGAAAUUUAACAGAGUGUCCGUUACAGUUAAUCAGUCUUACAAGAAUCAAUCAAAAUCUAAAUAAUGUACAUGAUUUACUUAAGCUGAUGGGAACAGUUCAACAAACACAGCCCAUGAUUCAGCUGCUACUUAGUACUUCAGAUUAUGUAGCAGCUUUAGAUUUAAUAAGUUCUACACAGAAAGUAUUGUCUACACAUCUCUCUGGAAUUCAGGCUUUUCGACAUUUAUCACCACAGCUGACUGAAAUGAGAAGGUUAAUACAUAAGAUGUUGAGUAAUGAAUUCUUAAGAUUUAUUGUUACAGACUUAAAUAGACCACUCAGUGAUCAUUCUGAUCUCCCAGAAAGGGACAAAAUUAUUUCUAUAGUGUCUGGAAUACUCCGUUUGAAAGAAUUUGAUUUUCUUGAUAUAUUUAAAUCUGAAGCUAUGACUUCUAUUCAAGCCACUAUAAAACAGUCUGUCAUAGAAAUUAUUUCUGAGAGAGAUGGACAAAACGAAAUUGUGUUAAGGGGUUCCCAUGCUGAUAACACUUGGUUGAUGUGCAAUGAAGGUAUAAUUUUCCUUCAGAAAGCCACACCUAACUUGACAGUUAUAUUUAAAAGAAUUUUAUCUAUGAGCAAUUUAAUUGUAGACAUUAGUCAAAUGGAUGAUGUUACUGGCAAUGAAAGUGAAGAAAUGUGGACGCAAGAAGAAGUAACUUCUGUAGAAGAUAAAAUAAAGAAGUUAAUUGGUUCUCUUUCAGACUAUUGUAAUGAAAGAUGUGCCAAUCUUAUAGUAACAAAGACUGAUAAAGAUUAUAUAUUUUCUGACUUGACGCAGCUGGCAAAAUUAUCAGAAUUAAUUGAUAUUUUCUCUAAUGAAUUUGAAAAAAUAACUGGUCAUUACAGUAACACAAUGAAAUUGGCUUUAAGAAGUUUUGCUAUGAAAUAUAUACAAAAUUUACAUUCAGAGCGUAGGGCUCAGCUAACAGCUACUUUAAAUGGUGAAAGGUGGAAAAUUGCUGAUGUCCCAUAUGAAUUACAGAGUGUUGUUUCUAAGAUUUGUGAAUUGGAAAGUAUACCACACACACUUCAGUAUGAAAGUGGUGGACCAGAUGGAAAGUACUUAGUUAUUAAUAAAGAAAAUUAUGCGGUUGUUGCGACAGUUCAGCUUCUCAUUAAGAUUCUAUUAGAGUAUUGUGAUGCAACUAAACAAUCUCCGGAUAUAGUCCAAUAUUUAGUACAUUGUAUGCUAGAAUUAAUUAGAUUAUUUAAUUCCAGAUGUUGUCAAUUGGUUUUGGGGGCUGGUGCUAUACAAAGUGCAGGCUUAAAAACAAUAUCCACAUCAAAUCUUGCACUUGUCUCUAGAUCAUUGCAAGUUGUGUUAUGGCUCUUACCACUCAUUUUAGAUUUGCUAGUAAAACUACAUUCAAAAGAACUAUUAUUGAAUGGUUUCAGCAGUAUUGAAAAUGACCUAAUUAGCCAUAAACAAGAGAUAGAAAAUAAAAUUUGUAUUAUUGUUAGUAAUAUGCUAAGUUCACAACUUUCUGGUUGGGAAGCCAAACCACCUGUUCCAUCUCAAACAUUCCGUAAUAUAUCUAAGCAUCUAGUGAAAUUACAUGAAGCACUUAUUGAUAUCCUGCCCAUUGAACAAAUUAGGUCUAUUUAUAUAAAAGUACAUGAUAAUUUCAAAGACAAAUUAAGGGAGCAGCUAGCCAAAAUGAAUAUUGUUGCAAAUGGAAGUCCUCAGCAUGGUGUUGUAACUUCAGAGCUAACAUUUUAUUUACAAACUCUAAAAACUCUUAGGGUAAUAAAUGAAAAUGAUAGUGAAGAUAACAUAUUGUAUGAUAUUUGGUUGAAUUAG